UCGUUGUUUACCCUCGAUCGAUAUUUCGGCUGCUUGCCAGAACAUUUUUCAAUUUCGGUAGGGAUGGCCGCGACUUUUAAGAAUGUCAUUUGUGCCCUCGGAUUGUUUUCACUGUGUUUCUUGGGUAUUCCCAUAAGAAUUGAUCAACCAGAUUCUAUGGAACAAGAGUUUAAACAGUUCAUUGAAAAACAUAAUAAAAGCUAUGGAAGGGAUCCGGUAGAGUACGGAAGGCGCUUGUCAUACUUCAAGGCUAGCCACAGCAGAGCAAAAGAAUUCAAUAUGAAACAUAAUCAGAAUAAUGGUCAUGCAUCUUUUGGCAUUACCAAGUUCUCAGAUCUUGAUGCUAAUGAAUUUCAAGAGAUGUUGCUCAGACAUAAACCCAGCUCAUUGUCAUGUGUGAUAGGAUCUAACCUGAAUCAUGUCAACAGAAAUAGAAGAAAAAGGGAAAUUCCCAAUGCCCAAAAGAAUUUCAAACCACUCCCUAGUUAUGUUGAUUGGAGAGAAAAGAAUGUUGUGACUGCAGUGAAAAAUCAGCAUAGCUGUGGAGCUUGCUGGGCUUUUAGUACUGUUCAGACUGUUGAAAGUAUGCAUGCAAUUGCAACUGGGGAACUGAAUGAAUUAAGCACACAACAAGUUAUUGACUGUGCCAGAAAUGGAAAUAAGGGUUGUAUUGGAGGUGAUACUUGCACUGCCUUAACCUGGAUGUCAGCAUCCAAUGUGUCCUUAUUGGAGGAAAAACAGUAUCCAUUGACUCUAAAAGAUCAACGUUGCAGAACAGUUUUUGAAGGUUCUACGUCAUCAGGCGGAGUACGUUUAGCAUCCAACUUUACCUGUUACAAUUUAGUUGACAAUGAAGAACAAUUGAAACACAUUCUUGCUUUUCAUGGACCAGUUACAGCAGCCGUAGAUGCGGUCACUUGGCAAGACUACUUGGGUGGAAUCAUACAGUACCAUUGCCGAGAUCACACUAAUCACGCUGUGCAAAUUGUGGGUUACGAUACCAGAGGUCCGAUUCCUUAUUACAUCGUAAGAAACUCUUGGGGUGUUGAUUUUGGCAAUCAAGGCUAUCUCCAAAUAGCCACGGGAAAGAAUCUUUGCGGAAUCGCUCGCGAGGUUUCUGCGCUUGACGUUAUUGUUGUGUAAAAUUUACUCCAGUUUUAUUGAAACUCAGUAGCUCAUCUACCGCCCAUUAAUUCUCAUCCAAUAAUUCUCUAGUCUAAAAUAGAUGAAUGAUAAAUACUAACAUUUCAUAUUUUCUACACUUGUUAAAAACUAUUGAAUGUUCUGCAUGUAUUUUCUACCCUUGUUUAUGCAUCGGACCCGGUUGACUUCCGUUCUAAUAAAAUUCGCGCUGCGCGCUAAAAUCAU